AGGUUCAAGCCGGGCCAGUACAGCAAGAUCGACACCAUCGCGGCCGACGAGAGCUUCACGCAGAUGGACCUGGGCGACCGCAUCCUCAAGCUCAACACCGAGGUGCGCGAGGUGGGGCCCAUCAGCAGGAAAGGCUUCUACCUGGCCUUCCAGGACAUGGGGGCCUGCAUCGCGCUGGUGUCGGUGCGCGUGUACUACAAGAAGUGCCCGCUGACGGUGCGGAACCUGGCCGUGUUCCCCGACACCGUGCCCAGGGUGGACUCGUCGUCGCUGGUGGAGGUGCGGGGCUCCUGCGUGCAGAGCGCCGAGGAGAGGGACACCCCCAAGCUCUACUGCGGGGCCGACGGCGACUGGCUCGUGCCGCUGGGCCGCUGCAUCUGCUCCGUGGGCUACGAGGAACUGCAGGGCUCCUGCCGCGCUUGCAGGCCUGGAUUCUAUAAAGCCUUUGCUGGGAAUGUGAAGUGCUCCAAAUGUCCUCCACACAGUUUGACUCACGUAGAAGCAACUUCUGUCUGCCAGUGUGAGAAAGGUUAUUUCAGAGCUGAGAAGGACCCACCAACCAUGGCAUGUACCAGGCCCCCCUCUGCUCCCAGGAACGUGGUUUUUAACAUCAAUGAAACAGCCCUGAUGCUGGAGUGGAGCCCCCCGAGCGACACCGGGGGGAGGAAGGACCUCACCUACAGUGUCAUCUGCAAGAAGUGUGGCUCAGACUCCAGCCAGUGCGAGGUGUGUGGGGGAGGCAUCCGCUUCGUGCCCCGGCACACGGGGCUCACCAACUCCUCGGUGACGGUGCUGGACUUCGUGGCCCACGUCAACUACACCUUCGAGAUCGCGGCCACCAACGGCGUGUCGGAGCUGAGCUUCUCCCCCAGGCAGUUCACAGCCAUCACCGUCACCACUGACCAGGAUG